AUCUCAUUGUCACAAUCACCGAUCAACCACUCCCAUCCCACCUUCAACAUCCGCAACCCUAAAAUCAAACCACCCGAUCGCACAUUACUGUUAUGGAUCACACAGCAGAUCAAUUUCAAGAUCAAGAUCAAGAUCAAGAACACGAAGUCUACGGCGGAGAUAUUCCAGAUGAAGCAGAAAUGGACGCCGAUAUCGAGAUGUCGAGAAGCGAAAUGGAAGCGGAUGAAAACAAUAGCUCAAAGGAUCUGGAGGAUAUGAAGAAGAGAUUGAAGGAGAUUGAAGAAGAAGCAGGUGCGCUGAGAGAAAUGCAGGCGAAAGUUGAGAAGGAGAUGGGCUCUGUUCAAGACGAUUCUUCUGGUGCUUCUGCAACCCAGGCUGAAAAAGAGGAGGCGGACGCCCGUUCAAUAUAUGUUGGUAAUGUAGAUUAUGCGUGUACGCCUGAGGAGGUUCAGCAGCAUUUCCAAUCAUGUGGAACUGUAAACAGGGUCACGAUAUUAACAGACAAAUUUGGUCAACCAAAAGGUUUUGCAUAUGUGGAAUUCUUGGAACUCGAAGCUGUUCAGAAUGCUAUUCUUUUGAAUGAAUCGGAGUUGCACGGUCGUCAACUCAAGGUUGCUGCUAAACGAACCAAUGUUCCUGGGAUGAAACAAUUUAGAGGGAGGCGGCCCAACCCAUUUUUUGGUUCACGGAGACCUUUCAUGCCUGGCCCACCAAUGUACUCUCCGUAUGGCUAUGGAAGGAUUCCAAGAGCUAGGAGGCCAAUGAGGUACCGUCCAUAUUAAUCAACCUAUUCUGCUCGUGGCCAGAAGGGGCAAUAUGCUCAUACCGGGUCACACUAAUACAAAUUUCUCUAGUCUUAGAUCUUGUAUCAUUAUGUACUAUUGCAUCCAUUUGCCAUAUGCCCCUCCUUUCUUUUUUAGAUUUUAUUUUGUAUGCACUUUAACAUGCUUUUGAAACCAGAACCCAUAGUCUUUCAUUGUCUAAAAAGUGAGCUUCCUCGUUAUUUAAUAACAGUUAAACAACAACAUUGUGAUAGGAAACAAUGCAAACUUCGAAUAUGAUAUUGUAUCUUUUGGUA